CGUCACGUUCACUUGUUACUCCAGGUCUGGCCACUCGGCAGCAUUUGGCAGUUGUUCUGUGACCCCCUUCUCAAUCCCUACUCAUGUCACCAUUAUGCCUCCUCAGAUGGUCACUGUUGGGGACUCAGCAGAAUUUUUCUGUCUGGCCACGAGUGUGCCACCCUCUAACAGGUACCGUUGGUUUGUCGGACGGGGACAAUCCAUGACAAGGGUAUCAAAGACAAAAGGACGUUUUGUGAUCGCCAACCAAGGAGCGUCUCUGCGGAUUCUGAACAUCACCCGAGAAGACAGCGGGAUGCCGGUGCGAUGCGUUGCCAGAAACCCUCUUGACAUGAAGGGAAUGGACGAAGAUAUGUUGCAAGUUUUAAUCCAACGGGACCCCAUUCCCACCACAACAAUAGCUCCCACUAAGCCCCCAAGGACUACUACGAAGUCCCCGCCCACCCCGUCGCCGACGACACUUCCUCUAACUGUCCUUCUGAAGACAUCACAACGGAUUCGGCUACAAACCUUACGAGCCCAAGCUACCAAGGCACCAAGUCUGGCCCCACCUGAACAACCUACUCUGCGUACUGCAUCAAAACAGCAACCUCUAACGCAGUCUCCCGAACCCAAGAAUCCAGUAACAACUGUGCUUGUCACAACAAAUAAGAUGGAUGAACCUGUAAGUGCAUCACCACCGCUUCAAGAUGUUACCAUUCCGCACGUGCCCCCUGAUUCUGUCCUCCAACCCGGUCCCAAAGGCAAAGGUUUCACGGCAGGUGCUGCGGUAGGAUUCACGGUUCUUGUCCUCAUCGUCCUCGCACUGACUGGAAUACUGAUCAAAAUCAAAUUCGUGGACAAGCAUGAGAAACCCGUCAAAAGGAAGACUCUUCGCCCGGCUAACAAGCCUCGUAUCGACAAGUUGGACAUUGUCGUUGUGCCGAAUGCCACCCCGGAAGAAGAUGGCAAUACAAAUAAUGCUCAGCCGUCAAACAAUACUGAUGCUACACCUAAGCCAGCCAGAUCGGCCAGACGACAGUCCUUUGUCCAUCCUGAUUUCCUGGAGCAGUUGGCCUCCACCAUUCGAUCUAAGAGCCACUGUUCAUCCAUGUUCAAGAGAGGAUCAUUCAGUUGGCGCAAGAGGAAAGCCUCCACUCUUGACCGUCCUCACACCGUCAAAUCUGAGGACCCUGCACUGGACACUGAAGCCACCAGCACGGUCAAGAGGUACUCGGCGUUCUUCAAUGCUGUCCCUCAACUGUCGAGCGACGAGAUGCCAGUUGCCACUGCAAGGCAAGUCCAGAAAACCGAGUCAGUCUACGAGAAUACUGAGAUCGGCUUGAGGCUGCAGCAACAGGUGAAUCGAAGAAGCCGAGAUCGAGAGUCGCCUUAUGAGAAUACGCAGUGUCCUAUGAGAGAUGCUGCACCAUUAAGCGACCCUGACAGGCGCAAGAGUGAGGCAAGCAGCUUGCUGGAUUUAGUGUACGCUGAUUUGGACUGGACAGGGUUCUCCUCCAAUCAGGAUGAGGUUAAUGACACCGAGGAGAAGACUGAGUAUGCAGCCAUUAGAACCUCCAAAGUUCUGUCGUAAUGCAUUGUCAUGGUUUCCGUCACCAGGUAUAGAGGGCGCUGUUCAGAAAAAAAAUCACAAAUGAAAACUGUGACAUGGUUUUUAUCGAACAUUGUUUUCCGAUGGAUAUGUAUAUUAUAAACUUUGAAGGUAGGAAGAAAAAAAGAAUCGAUAUGAAGACAUUUGCCGUUUAAUGUGCACUGUUGUCAUCCGCCGAGACUCAACUGAUCGAUAAGUUUUUCAACCGAUUAAAUCGUACACAAACAUAGAGAAAAUACGCGUCAGGGCAUUGGACUCGAAAUGGUACACUGUAUGUACCUGUUGUAAAAUAUGGCAAGGAUACAGAAUAUUGUGUUGCCUUUGUAUAUCGUCAGUAUGAAGUGUUGGCAUUAUAAAACAGGAAUCGUAAUGCAUUAUUAACAAAUCAUACAGCCUACAUAAUCCGUAAUUUGUCAUUGGAAAACUGGCUGGUUUCGAUGUUUCAUAUUUCCAUGUUGAAUUAAAUUGUCAACAUAUCCAUCCCCAUGCAAAAUGCACUAAGCACAAUCUUGCUAAAGAAAUAGCUUUCAGUUAAGGUAUUCGCUUUCGUGUCCCUUUUGGAAUUUCAUUUUUUGUGUAAUAGGCUUGACAGAACUCGUGCUUUUGCCGUGCAUAUUUAUCCUAACUUUUUGCUUGUACAUACUGGCAGGAAAACGAUGAUACACCAUAGUUGUUAAAAUAAGAAAGUUGCUGAGAUUUAAAAAAUCAGGGGGAAUUUCAGAUUAAGAAUUUUGGAUAAAACAAAGUCGCAAGCCGAUUAUUGCUGAACGUGUAAUUGCAUGAAACUUGAGGUACUUAAAAGAAUAAAUUCGCCAAAUAGUUUUCAUAAAAUAUUCUAACCGAUCUUGUCCAUGAUCGUUGUGAUGCAUUUUGAGUUACUGAUCAGAGAAGUUCCUCACGACAGACAGUGACUGUUUGCUGUGUGUUGAUUCUUCGGAGAAGCUCCUAACGACUGUUUGCUGUGUCUUGAUUCUUCCGUCCUUGUAAACCUGUGUGCUGCUUGGUCAGAAUUUGUGUUUGCUUUAGCCAAUCACGGU